UGACAAAUCGCACAAGUGGGCAAACUCUAAUCCUGAGUAAUUAUUUUUGUAGUACUUUUUAGAUGUGGUGCCUUAAUGACAUCCCAGCGAUACAUCCAAUAAGCUCCCCCACCCCUUACGCUUGUGUUAAAGAGACAGACUUAGCAAAAAUACUACAUACGCUGCAGCAGCAUUGCGUGUCUAUGACCAAGCAAGUGGAAGAAAUGUCAGAAAUAAACCUCCAAAUACCGCAGAGCUGCAGACAGAGAUAAGACUGCCAACUGUCACCUCAUUGUGGACAAUUUAUGGUUGGUGUGUGAGUAAAGAGCUAGCUGUUGAUGCCUAGCUAUAAAGAUUGGGCGGACGGCGGGUGACGGAUCCAAGUGGAGGCUGGGAAACAAAGGAGGCAGGCAAAAAAGGGAGGAGUAAAUGAGAGAGAGGAACCGAGCAGCAGAUAAAGCUGCAGCCAGGACCAUGAGCUGCACCCUUGUGACUGCAUCUUAUGAUUCGCUGCCUGCUCAGCUGAGUCCCCAUCGUGUAAAAGAUCAACACUUUAAUCGGAGGCUUUCAUCUCCACACGGCUUGGGAGCCUUCACCUUAUCAGCUGUGCCUCGCCGUCCUUCAGGUCUGCCUGGAUAUACACUUUCUUCCCUCCAGGAGCCAAACAACCUCCUCAACCAUCUUCAUCAUCAUCCUCAUCAGCGUCUCUCCCAGUCACUAGGUUCCAAAGCCUCACUGGCGCCCCCUGUGCCUCAGGCAGAUCCUGCCCCACCAUGCUGCCAAGCGGUGGGCAUCGUGCCACUACUACGCCUGGCACUGAUCAUCUUCAGCUGCCUCUUCUGGGCCACCGGGUUGGCCAUCUUCACCCUAGGAGUCUGGGCAAAAGUGUCCCUGGCUGACUACAUGCUGCUUUCAUCUAACCAUUAUCCCAAUGCUCCACUGAUACUCCUAUUUACUGGGGCUGCUAUCAGUGCCUGGGGCUUCCUGGGUUGUCUAAGUGUGGCAGCCAACUUGCCCUGCCUUCUUCGCACCUUUGGAUUCUUCCAGCUUGCUGUGCUGUUGGGGGGAUUGGCCGCUGGACUUUCAGGACUCUUCUACAGGGAAGACAUCGCUGGAGGUUUCCGCAGCGGGCUACAGAGGGCAGUGGAGGGCUACGGAGAAGAUGAAGGACGUUCUGACGCUCUGGACAGCCUUCAGAGGGCGCUGAAGUGCUGCGGGGUAGAUGGCUGGCAUGACUGGCUCCUGUCUGACUGGGCUGUACAGGAUGCUGUUUCACUGAAAAGUGUCUCAAACAAUGACACGAAUUACGUGUCUGUACCAGACAGUUGUUGCAUACGACGCAAAGGCUGUCAUAACAGGCCACUGCCCGAAAGAGGAACUGGUAGCAUUGAACGUGCGGGGAUUCAUGCACACGGAUGCUUCAAGAAAGUCUUUAGUUUUGUCAAUGAUAAUGUUUUUCACAUUGCUGCUGCUGUCCUAGCUCUUGCUUUUACCCAGGUGGCAAGUAUAAUUCUGGCAUGCUUGCUCGCCAACCGCCUAUCUUCUCAGCCUCAUAGGCGAGGCCGCUAAGAUAUUCCAGUGCUUCUCCAACAGUGUGGUUCAUUAUGGUUCAUCUAAACCCAGGGCUGUCAAUAAACUGACCUGUUUUUCUCCAUAAAAUCACCUGAAAAGUAGGUUCCAGUUUCUUUGGAUAAUGAUGAAAAAAAUUGAAAUAAAAGCAAAAUCACAAAUCUAUUUGUACACUAUAAAUGUGAAGGUACUACAGUAGGUGUUCAGUUCUGCUGCUGUAAUAUAUAAUAUAUAACACAAUAUAUCUAUAUAUAAUGCAUCUAUUAUAGGAAGCACACCAAGUGAAUUAAUGUCAUGAGAAAUAAGUUUAAUUACAAACUCAAAAAAUGUAAAUAAUCUUUUCUGAAUUUAGCCCAGUAGCUGGUUUAGAUGUUUUUAAGCUUUACUACAAUGUCCCAGUUUAGGUUGCAUGUCACCUGGGCAAAUUUCAGCAUGGGUAUUUAAAUACAUAACGGCUUGCAUGGCAACGAAAAUAUCAGUAGUGUGGAGUAAUAGUAGGUAAUUUGGCCAACCUGGUAGAAAGAAAAAUCGUUAUAUAUUAAACCGGAGUAAGGUUAAAUGGUGUCCAAAAUGGGACAAGAUUGAUGUGAAGAUACAAAAAUACUGUACAUUCUCUGAAACCCACUGUUAUCUACACUGCAUAAGACUUUGGUAAUCUAAACCCAAACUGUGGUCCAACAGAUAUAUUUUGAGGAGAAUUUUAACAUAGACUACUUAAUCAACAUGUCAAGUUAUACCAUGCUAUUUUGCAGAUUUUUAUGCCAUUUGUAGAUUUUAAACUGUAUGUAUUAUAAAUAUUCCUCUUACGUUCUCUCAGUUGUCUUUGUGGAUUAAUGUAAGUAGACCCCGCAUACUGUACUGUAUAUAAAAGCUAAUUCUGGUCUAAUAUCAGCAGAACACAUUAGACAUUAUGGUGAAUAUACCUAAUAAAAGGGGGAUGGGGUUUUAGAAAAUUACAGAUUUUAAAAUAUUAGAAGAUUCAUAUGUACGUUUAUUCAUUGUUGUGUGAAAAUUGCCAACGUAAUAUGCUCUGCUUUGACUUGUAGUUUUAUAGGAUUAUAAAAUAUACAGCUAAAGGUGUAAAUCACUAAAGUUACUAAUGAUUCUUCUUAGUUUGAAUGCAUUUGUGGUGAGAUAUAUUUCCAGGAGCAGAUACUGAAGUUAAUAUAUAAAAAUAAAAAAUAUAUUAUUGUACUUAUCCAUUUCCUAUGAAUACAAUAACACCAACUAUUUCUCUAAGCACAGUUUGGUAGAUUUUGUGUAGGAUUUUAGACUCAUAGAGAAGAUACAUCUGCUUCCAUGAAUGUGUUACAGCCAGAUACAUUUAUAA